GAUAACGACAAAGCCGAGAACGACUCGGAAGAAAAACUACAGGCUUGGAUACUCUCGCACUUGGAGAACGAGAUUGAAAAGCAUGCUCCCUCACGAAGCGAGAUGCAGACAAUCAACGUGCACGACUGGUAUCACCCAAUGACACACUUCUACGCCAUUCAAUACACAGAUGGCAAGAUCACAUCAAAAGAAAUUGAGUCUUCACCUGCAUUACGAUUCAAGAUGGACAAUCUCCUGCCUAAAGUUACUCUACCGAAAUACAUCCUGAAGCUCGGCAUCCCCUGGUUUCAAGCAUCAGAUCUGGAAAUUGUCGAGAAUGCUGGUGCUUUGCCUGCCAUUGUCCGCUAUAAGGACAACCUCUACUUCCUCAAGGUUGUCGAUCCUGCUCAGCCCGCACCAACCAAACGCGAACUCAAAAUCAUGAAAGACAUCGAGAAGCUCAACUUGCACAAAGAGAUGCGUGUGCCCCAAGUCCAGGGCUUAGUGUCGUUCACAGACUCCAGGACUGAUAUUAUGGGCUUCUUACAGACACACAUCGAAGGAGCUGAGCCACUAACUCAUCUCCUCGAUUCGGAUGUUCCACAAGCCAAACGAGACCGCUGGGCCUCCGAGUCAGAGAAGAUGGUCAAUCUCCUGCACCAACAUGAUUUUAUAUGGGGCGACGCCAAAGCGGACAACUUCAUGGUCGAUAAGGACGAAAAGCUAUGGAUUAUCGACUUUGGAGGGAGCUACACAGAAGGUUGGGUAGAUCCCAACUUGAAUGAGACGAUAGAGGGCGAUGACAUGGGUACGAGGAAGAUUGUAAAUGCAUUGCAUGACCCGGACGAAAACACUUUCGACCUUGACGACACAACGGCUGCU